AUGGCCACGGCACUGCACAACAAGACAAUUCUUGUAAUUGUCCCGUUCAUCGCUCUUCGCGCCGACAUGGACAAACGAUGCAAGGAUGUUGGAUUACAAGCAUCAUACUGGGAGAACGCGCGACCACCGCAUAUCUGUAACAUCCUGUUUGCGACACCUGAAGCUGCGAAGACGGGCAAUUUUCAGCACGACAUUAUCACACUCGUCCACAAGCAGCAUGUUGCCCACGUGUUCGUUGAUGAAGCCCAUAUAUCCAACCUUGACUGCCCAAAGAUCCUGCGAACAGGCGCUCUGCCACCAGAAGACAGGCUACCUCUGAUGAACCAUUUUGCUAUAGUGGAGAAAUUCCCUGAAUCAGCCCUGGAUGAUGCACUCAUUUUCUACAUUACUGGCAAGCUCAUAGAAUGCGGCUCGUUGGUGAAACUUGAAGAUAGUAACUUUCAAAUACUAAAGUUGUAUAAUCCCAAGGACAAGCGGAUGUUACUGAAAGAAUAG